AUGACAACAACAACAAAUGCAGCUAAUCAAGUAAAUCCAAUUAAAAUUAUUAUAACAACAAGAGAAAGUAGUAAUAUAUUAGAAGUUAUGAAUUUUAUUUAUUCAAUUACAAGUUUAAUUUAUCCAUUUAAAUAUUGUGGUGAUAUUUUACCAUUUUGUGAUGAAAUUAAAGUUUUUGAACAUUUAAUUAAUAAUCGUCAUACAAGUUCAGUGAUUGGUUUUUUACAAAAAGAUUAUUCAUUUGAAAAAUAUUUAAAUUCUACAAAUGUUAUUAUAUUUGAUUUUGAUUCUUCUAAAAUUUUAAAUAAUUUAAAAGAAUUUAAAUUAAUUUCACUUCCAAAAGAAAAUAGAGUUUUAACAAUGCUUAAAAAUAACAUUUCUAAAUAUGAUACUAAUAUUAGAAUUAUGGACUUUUUUGUUAAAUGUAUGGCAUCUUGGUUCGGUAAUUAUAGACAUCACUUUAAAUUACAUUCAAAUUUAUUUGAAUUUGAUCAUUCUAGGUUUAUAACUGAUGAACAUCAUUCAAUUGAAUCAAAUGAUUUUUAUAAGGCUUUUUCAUGUACUCAUCUGUACAAGAUUUUCAUUGAUGAAAGAACAAAACUUGUUAACGAUUAUCAAACUUUUCAAAUUCAAAAAAUUCAAUUCGGAAGAUUUGAACAAGAAUGUUUCAAAAUUAAUCCAAGAAUUUUUACAAAUGCUUCAACAAAUGUUUCUCUAACAAGUAAUAAUUCAUCAUUCAAUAAUAAUAGUAAUACCAAUAAUAAUACCAAUAAUACCAAUACUACUACUACUAAUGGUACAAUUACAACAAAUCAAUCAUUAAAUAAUACUAAUAGUACAGGUAAUAAUUCUACUACCACUCAAUCUUUGAAAAAUAAUCAAUCUAAUAAUACUGGUGGUGGUAGUAAUAAUAAUACUAGUAAGAAUAAUAAUAAUAGUGGUGGUGGUAAUAAUGGAUUUUCAUUAAAACAUUUAUUCUUUAAAAAGAAUAGUAAUAAUAAUCAAACUAAUCAAUCAAGUAUUAAUGAAUUACCAGAAGAUAAGAAUGAUAAGAACAAUGAUAUUGAACCAAUGUCACCUUCAUUUGGUACUAAAGUAAUUGGUGAAUUACAAUUUAGUAAGGAAAAUCAAUUAUCACUUUCAUUCUAUUGUAGAGAAAGUGAUUCAACAAAAACUAAAUUUUCAUUCAGUGAAUUCCAUCAAACAAUUAAACCACCUAAGAAAUAUUUACCAGAAUUUGGAGAACAAUCAAUUGUUACAAAAGAAGAUGUUGAAUCAGGAGAUUCUAAAAUUCAAUCAGAUCUUGAUACACUUUUAGAUGUUAAUGAUAAUAGUAGUGAAACAACAAGUGAAUGUGCAAUUGAUGAAGAUCAUUCCACUUUAGAAUCAACAGAAUCAUUUAAUAUUGUUGAUAAUGAAUCUAUUAUUAUGGUCAAUGAAUCUGAUACAAGUAUUGAUAAAGUUGUUGAAAUUCCACCUCUCACUUCUACCACCAUCACUGCCACUACCACCACAACUUGUAUUCCAGUUACAACUACUGCUGAUGAAUUUUAUGAUUAA